UCUUUCACAUUAAUUUGUUGUUCAUCUAAUUCUCUUUUGAUCAUGCACAAAGCUAGUAGGGACACCAAAUAUGCAAAUGUAAUUGUCAAAUUCAUCCUACCUGGAGUAGCCAUCGUCCGUGCAAUCCAGAAGAGACAAUAGCAGUGGUGCUGAAACUUCCUCCGCGAGUCACUGAAACUUCCCCACACUGCUCAUCAGACAGUAGACAGACAAAUAGACAUGGCUGAUUGGGGACCGGUGUUAAUAGCAGUGGUGUUGUUUGUGCUGUUGACUCCUGGACUUCUGUUCCAACUUCCAGGAAACAGCAGGUCAAUAGAGUUUGCCAAUUUUCAGACAAGUGUAAUCUCCAUCUUCAUCCAUACUGUUCUCUACUUUGCCUUAGUAUCUAUGUUCCUUAUCGCCGUUGGAGUCCACAUUUACUUCGCCUGACGCCUAAUAUACUCCAUCAACAGUUCCAUCUUCUCCUAAAGGCAAGCUUCAUCUCAUUUGUUAGUUCUAUCCUCCAACAACCACAAGGCUGUAGCCUGUAGGCUCUACAUAUAACCAGCUCUCUUAAGUAUUUUCAAGUUUUCUACCUUCUUUUUUCUCAUUCAUUUUGAGUAUCAAGCUUGGAUUCUGUGUUCAUUUCGUAGUAGGUUCCGAGUGAACUGAGAUACUCUUAAAUACUGUAACAUAUUCCUUUCAGUGCAUAUUACCACAUCCACAUCUAAUGCAAUUUGCUCAACUGGUUUGCGAAAACUUAA